UGUGCGCGGUUCAGUCAGUUCCUGAGGCCAAACCGGAAACAUUCUAGCUACAGGAAGUUGCGCUCUAUGCUCGGGCUGUCCACGCCUGCGCUGUGGACAGCACGCACCCCCGUUGCCGUUCGCCGCUGUUGCGGCCUGUGUUUAGGUCGAGCCGACGCCGUCUGAGAUCCGCUUCCCGGCUCCAUGUUCCCGGCGUGGGGUUUGUACGGGGCGGCCCCUGGGGCUUACCCUCCACCGCCCACCAUGAUGCCGCCGCCACCAUUGCCUGGGCCUCCGCCGGCCGUGCUGCCUACCGCCAUGCCCCCGCAGGUUCCGGUGGUGCCGCCUCCGGCUCUGGGUAGUUAUGUGGCUUCCUCGGGGACUCCCGCCGCUGCUCCCGCCGCCGCCGCCGCCGCUGCCGGCACAUCAGGCUUUUUGAGUCUGCAGGAGCAGCACUUGGUCCAGCUGCAACAGCUCCAGCAAAUGCACCAGAAGCAGUUGCAGUCGGUGUUGUUAGGUGGGCCUCCUCCACCCGGCGGGCCUCCCCCGAGUAUGCCGCCGCCCCUGCCUAGCGCCACUCCCGCCGCCCCCACUUCCUGGCAGCCGCCGGUGCCCCCCGUGCCGCCCUCCGCGCGCAGCUAUCAAAAGCAGUUUAAGCACCGCGAGCCCUCACCACCGCCUCUGCCCCGAGAGACGCUGCUCCACAAUCCCCCGAUGCCUCCUCGGUCUGUAGAAGAGAAUGUUGCGGAGCCGUCCCAGACUCAUAAUGAAUGGAAGCCCCAUGUUCCCUCGACCAGCCCUCGCAUGGAUAUGGACAUGGAUCUAUCCUCUCCGCCACAGUCGCCUCCCCAAUCUUACAUGCCUCCUGCUCCCUCCCUUGAGACUGACUCCUACAUGCCCCCGUCCCACUCUCUGCCAUCACAGAACUCAUCAGCACAAUCCUACAAGUCCCAUUCGCAGUUGUCUCAGGCAGUUUCACAGACCUUUUCGGAAUUCCCUCCUUCAACAGUUUCUCAGUCUUACCUGUCCCAGCCACAGUCUUACCAACCCAUUUCCCAGCCAUCUGCUUCCCAACCACUCCAGCCCAUUACUCCAGCAAGCUCGCAGUCUGAAUCGCGCUUCACUUCAUCCCAGAUUUCUCAGCCCACUCCUGAACCUCAGGAGUUAAGACAAGGUAGCGGUCCAGACAUAGAUAUCAGAUGUGAGCGACAGCAAAGCACCCAGCAUGCAGACCCCUCCACAAUGACCCCCCAGGAACAGCAGCAGUAUUGGUAUCAACAGCAUCUGCUUACUCUGCAGCAAAGAGCAAAAGCAUAUGCUCUGGGAGAGCAGCUGCCACCAGUUCUAGGAGUGGUAAAUGAUGCUCCUGAGCAGAGGCAAGAAGAAAGGGAAAUACCCAUUUCUGCUGCGCUUUCUGUACCCCUUUUGCUUUCUGAACCCCUAUUACCACAGCCCAAAGGUGAUGACCUUCCUUUGUCAUCUGUUGAGCCCAAGCUGAACAUUCAACCACCAGAGGAUCCGGAGGAAAGUUUGAGAUUACAACAGCUGCAGGCAGCAGCAACGCAAUGGCAACAGCAUCCACAGCAGCGAGUGGGUUUCCAGUAUCAGAGAAUAAUGCAGCAGCAUUCGCAGUUGCAACAAAUUCUACGUCGCUAUCAACAGAUCAUACAAUUGCCACACUUGCCAUCAAUGUCAGUAGAGAUGCAGCUACAGCAUUAUGAAACUCAGAAUAAACAGUUUCAGCCACUUUACAAGGAGUGGGAACGUGAAUUUCAGCAGUGGCAAGAUCAACUUCAAGCCUACCCUCACAAAGACCAGCUUCAUGAGUGUGAGAAACAGUGGAAGAUGUGGCAGGGACAGAUGAAAAUCACUCACACCCACCUUCAAGAGAAAGUGAAGUCUCUUCGAAACAUGAACAGUCAAUAUACCGGGAGUGCAACUUUGCCAUCUCCGUUUCCUCCAUAUUCUCAAACAAUGCAAGGUGGUAUGCCUAUUGUGCAGUCUACUUUGCCCUCUACUACACUUCCCCCAGCAUCCACUGGAUUCUCUUCUGGCCCUCAAACAUCAGAUAUGCCUGCUUCAAAGGAAACUGGUCAGAGCACCCAGGCCACUGAAACUAUGAGACCAAGUAUAUUUCCUACUCCUAGUUCUUUUAAAGUUACUGAGUCUCUUCCCACUGCCCAGACCCCAGAGAUGUCCAGGCCAGGUCUGCUUCCUACCCCUACCACUGCAUCUUUUUCAUUUAAAGUAACUGAGUCACCUGCCAUCUCCCAGUCCACAGAGACAACCAGGCCAGCUCUAUUUCCUCCACCUGGUUCUUUUUCAUUUAAAGGUACAGAGUCACUUCCCACUUCCCAGACCCCAGAAAUGGCCAAGCCAGGUCUACUUCCUACUCCUACCACUGCUUCUUUUUCAUUUAAAGUAGCGGAGUCUCCUGCCACCUCCCAGACCAUGGAGACAACCAGGCCAGCUCUUCUUCCUACCCCUGUUUUUUCUUAUAAAAGUAGUGAUUCAUCUGUUCCCUCCCAGGCCAUUGAGACAACUAGACCACCUCUGCUUCCCACCCCUACAUCUGUUUCUUCCUUCUUAUUUAAGGGUGCUGCUUCAUCUGCCAUCUCCCAUGCCACUGAGACAACCAGGCCACCUCUUCUUCCUACUCCUUUUUCUUAUAAAAAUAUUGAUACCUCUGCCAAUUUGAAUUACCACUCACAUGUAUCACCUGCUAGCUCUUCAGAUCAAGGCAGUUCUUACGUUCCUCUGGGCAAACAGGCGAUGCCAUUUGGCUCUGUUUCAUCUGAACUAACACCUGCUGAAGUAAAGCCACAUUCUACGGUGUCCUCAUCUGCAUCCACCACCACCACUACUACCUAUCAGAACAGACCAGGGAGGUCAGCUGGGUUUCCCGAUUCCCCCAGAGGACAGUACUAUGAGGGUCCAAGGGGGUCAAGAUUUGAUGGACCACGAGGAAGAGGCUUUGAUAAAUUUGAACCAAGACAGCAAGGACCUCAUUUUCAGGGGCAACGUUUAGAAGGGCCAAGGCCAAGGCUUCAAAAUCAGCAUAUGGAUGGAUCUUCAGGCAAACAGGGGACAAUUCCCCGCGGGCCAGCAGCUGCAUUUUAUACUCCCUCUGGCAAUUCACAGAUGCAGACUUCCCAAGCAAGUGGACCACGGUGGCAAGGGCCUAGGCCUCCUCUGGGACAACAAAACCAUCAAGAAGAAAGUAAAGAAUCUUUUACUGAUAUGUCUAAUAAUCAGGCAGUGGCAAAUAAAUCUAAAUUUAGACCAGAUACAAAAGUUUCUGGUUCAGUUCAGCCAGGUAAGGGCCUGUCUAAAGCACACCAGAAUUCAUCCAGAAAAGAAGGCAGAGAAGCAAUGUCAGAAGGAAAGAAACAGGCCUCUGUAGAGACUGGGCUGCAAGCAGAAGAAUCAAAAACAUCUAGUCGUAUUUCAGGUGUUCUGCAUCAGACACCAGUUUCUAGUCUUCCACCAAAACCAGGAGGGAAGAAAACAUUACUACCAGCACCAACGGGAAAUAAAGAUUUGAACUCUUCAGAGAAUAAACUGACUUCUUCAGAAAAUAAUCAGAGCAAGGAGCUAUCUAAGCUGGAAAACAGGGAGAGAGGUCAAAUGAAGCUAGGUGAUAAUCAGACAAAAGGGCCAGCUGGCAGAGGCAGGGGCCAGGGUAGAAUGGAAGAUACUAGAGGCAGGGGCCGAGGCCGAUUUGAAGAUGUCAGAGGCAGGGGUAUACCAAACAGAGGUAGAGGUCAGACUAGAGAUAUAGCUGGCAGAGAUGUAAGCAGUGGCCCAGGAAACCACAACAGACUGUCAGAGAGCCACCCGGGCAGCUGGGAAUCUGGAAUGGGUGGACAAUCAAGCAACCAGGAACGAGCAUUGGGUAGGCGAUCAAACAGCCAGGACAGAGGAUUACCAGCUAGAGACAGGGAACCAGCUCCUCGAAUGGGUAGCAGGGAGAGAAGCCGAGCAAGUAGUCGAGAAAGAGGCCUAGGCAGGCGACCCAGUAGCCAGGAGAAAGGACUGGAUCGGCUGGCUAGUAGCCGGGACAGGGGCCCUGGUCGGCGUGCUAGUAGCCGGGAGAGAGACCCAGAUCGGCGAGCUAGUAGUCGAGAGAGAGACCCAGUUAGAAGGCCUAGUAGCCGGGAGAGGGAUCUGCACAGACGUGAUGGAGCUCUUGGAGGCAGUAUUGAAAAUUUACCUCCAUUUCGCGAUGAACCGCUUAGGCCUCCAUGGGCCUAUGGAGAGGCAGGCAUGGAGGAGGAGCGCCCAUUUGAAUAUCAAGAUAUUCCUCCUCUAGAGCGCAGACGAUUAGAGGAUUGGGAAAGAGACAGAUACUGGCCUGAGCGUGACCAGCGUUAUCAUGAUGAUACUCUUGAUCCAUACGAAAGAGAUGACUUGUUAGCACACCGUCAUCCAUUGCCGCCUCUUUCGCCUCUUCCUCCUCUACCUCCUUUACCUCCGUUGUCUGCUGAUCUUGAUAGACGAGAUCCAUUUUGGGAUGACUGGGAAAGACCAAUGGGUAGAGAUAGGGAGACAGACAGAGAUCUGGACAGAAUCAGAAGACCCUUGGAUGUGUAUGAUCGUGAAUCAGAAAGAGACUGGGAGAGAGAUUACUUAAGACCACUGGGGGACAGAGAUACACUGAGUGAUCUGGACAUACCUCCUCUUCCACCUCUGCCACCCCUUCCUCCACUUCCGCCUUUAGACCGAUAUCGUGAGGAGCGAUGGCUGGAGGAGAGAGAGAGGGAUUUUUACGACAGAGAUUCUAGAGACAGGGGGGAGCUCAGAAUUCGGGAAUAUCCAGAGAGACAUGAUACAUGGAGAGAGCUGUCCGAUUUCCCACCUGACAGGGGUGACUGGGAGAGGGAAAGGUUUUCAGACAGGUGGUAUCCAGAUGAAAUGGACAGAUUCCCACGUUUAGAUGAUCAUCUUGAUCCGCCACCCCUGCCACCACGCUCAUCUGAAUUGCUGGAAGAAGAGCCAAAUUUAUCCUCUGAGCAGUCAUUGGGAGGAGUAAUGGUCCUUAGUCAAAGGCAGCAUGAAAUAAUCCUGAAGGCUGCCCAAGAGUUGAAAAUGCUUCGAGAACAGAAGGAGCAUAUGCAGAAAAUGAAUGAAUUUGUUUCUGAGCCCCAAAUUCCUGAAUUGCCAUCACAGGAAAUGCCUAGACCACAGACAACAACUGCUAGGAAGGAAAACUUUCAGGCCUCUUCUGAAAUGCAGGCUGAGAUACCAAUAGAGGAGCAACCUAUUAAGCCUACUCCAGCUGUAAUAAUAAAGCCACCAAUCUUGUUUCGGAAACCUACGCCAACAACCACCCCAACAACCAAGCCAGCUGCUACAAUAGCAAAGCCUUCUGUCCCAGCGAUAAGACCACCUGUUCCAGCUGCAAAGACCCCUCUCCCAGCAGCAAAGAUACCUGCUCCACCCACACAGCCAAGUACUUCAAUUCCAGUUCCUGUUUCAACUGCAGCAGCCACUCAGAUUCCAGUUCCUGUGGCAAAAUCAUCACCUGCCAUGAACCAAGAGCGCUGGGAUGAGGAUUCUUUCCAGGGACUUUGGGAUAGCAGUGAAGAUAAAGAGUUAAAAUCAGAGUAUGACUUACCUAUGCCAGAUCCCCCAUUACCUUUAUCAGGAGUCCCAACAUCCCUUGCAUCGGGUAUGACACAACUUUCCAAGCCACCAAUUAUUCAUCAGACUGUUGACUACGGUCAUGGACACAGCCAUGGUCAAGAUUUAACCAGUAAAGGUGGACAAAUAACUUAUGGGGAGAGGAUACCUCUACGUACAGAAGCUCCUCAUGAGAGGCAGUCCUUUUCAAAAGAACAUCAGGGCCAACGAGAUCGAUACAUCAGGGAAAGAGAGACUUAUUUUGAGCGACAAAAUAAUACCAAUACAGAUCACAGAGAUUUCAGGAGAGAGCGAGAGCCAUACCGGGAUCGUAUUUCUGGAGAUCAUGAGCGGGAAAGAUUUGACAAAGAACGCUACCAACGAGAAGACAGCAGGCCGUCUCCUUCAAGAGCUCAGUCUUACCGUGACAAAGACCAUCCAAACUCAAGAAGGGGAGGAUUUGAAAGACAAACGUAUGAGAGAAAACCUGAUCGUCCUCCCUAUGAUCAUGGGCCUCCCAUGUUUGGAGGUGACAGAAGAAAUUACCCUGAAGAUAGAAUGCCCAUAUCUGCCCCAUCAUUACCCCGACAACCACCACCUGCUCCACGUGUAGAGAGGAAACCUGAGUCCAAAAACGUGGAUGACAUACUGAAGCCCCCUGGAAGGGAGAGCAGACCAGAGAGGAUUGUCAUUAUUAUGAGAGGACUGCCAGGCAGUGGAAAGACUCAUGUUGCUAAGCUCAUCAGGGAUAAGGAAGUUGAAUGUGGAGGAGCUGCGCCCAGAGUACUCAGCCUGGAUGACUAUUUUAUUACUGAAAUAGAGAAAGAAGAGAGAGACCCAGAUACAAAGAAAAGAAUUAAAAAGAAGGUUUUGGAAUAUGAAUAUGAAGCUGAUAUGGAAGAGAUCUACCGUGCCAGCUUAUUCAAAACCUUCAAAAAGACUUUGGAUGAUGGAUUUUUUCCCUUUAUCAUCCUUGAUGCCAUCAAUGACCGAGUACGCCACUUUGAGCAGUUCUGGAGUGCUGCAAAAACAAAAGGUUUUGAGGUCUAUGUAGCUGAAAUUACUGCAGACAACCAGACUUGUUGCAAGAGAAAUGUCCAUGGGCGCAAGCUCAAGGAAAUUAAUAAGAUGGCUGAUCACUGGGAGACAGCACCCCGUCAUAUGAUACGUUUAGACAUUCGUUCUUUGCUACAGGAUGCUGCUAUUGAAGAGGUGGAGAUGGAGGAUUUUGAUGCAAACAUUGAAGACCAGAAAGAAGAGAAUAAGAAAGAUGCAGAGGAAGAAGAGAGUGAACUGGGUUACAUUCCGAAAAGCAAAUGGGAGAUGGAUACUUCUGAAGCAAAACUAGACAAAUUGGAUGGAUUGCGAACUGGUGCUAAAAGGAAACGUGAUUGGGAGGCAAUUGCCAGCAGAAUGGAAGAUUACCUUCAACUUCCAGAUGAUUAUGAUACCCGUGCUUCUGAACCUGGAAAGAAGAGGGUGAGGUGGGCAGACCUUGAAGAAAAAAAGGAUGCAGACAGAAAGAGGGCCAUUGGUUUUGUAGUGGGACAAACGGAUUGGGAGAAAAUCACGGAUGAAAGUGGUCAUUUUGCUGAGAAAGCCCUCAAUCGCACCAAAUACAUCUGAUGCAAUUAUCAAAUAGAAUUUUUCUACCUAUAAGGCCAUUUGCUUUGGUGAGAAUUGAACAUGGGAUGGCAUGGAACGUCUCAUUCGCCCUCUUGAGAGUUGUGCAGUUCUUUUCUCUUAAAACUUUACUUUUUGCGUUCCUUGAAAUUCUGACUUGUGAUAUCCAGCAUCCCCAAGUUAUAUGGAGCCCUCUUGCAUCUAAAUGUGAAAGGUUUUUCUUUUCAAAAUUAGUAGUUUUAGGUUUUAUGCGUGCAGUAGAAUGGAGAGGCCAUGGACAUUUCCUCUGCUGUGCUGUAACAGAAUGUCAGCAUUACCAUUGCAUUGUUGCUUUGUGGCUGUUGUUAUUUUAUACUGUACAAAUUUUGUAGUUUAUUGUACUAGAAAAGAGAACAAUAAACUUUCAUUAUG